ACGCGCCGAGGUGCCGGCCGCCGACGAAGAGCUGGGGCAGGGUCACGUCGGAGCGGGGGAUGUCUGGCAGGAGCGCGGCGAGCUCCGGGGCGAAGCUGGCGUCCAUGGAGAGGUCACGCUCGUCGACGGCGGCGCGCAGCCCCCGCAGGAUGGCGCGCACGGCGCUGCAGUCCUCGAAGGCGAUGGAAGACGCGCGGCGACGACGCGCCGGGCUGCGGCGACUGGUGGGCGGCAGGCUCUGGGUGGAGCAGGGACAGGAAGUCUUUGAGGGAGGGGGCGGCGGCAGCGGCGACGAGCUCGAUGGAUGGGACAUCCCCCGCUCCGACGUGACCCUGCCCCAGCUUCUCGAUCAGAUCUUUGGCACCGGCGAGAGGAUAGGCUGGGUGCUUCGGCCAGGGCCACCGCCAGCACAGGCGGAGAGGAGAACGCUCUCCAGCAGCCUUGCUCCUUUCAACAUAUCCACUGCUUCCUGGCUCGGCCGGUGACAAAGGUCUUGUGCGUCCUCAAAUGCAGAAUCGAUUAGCUAUAAUUUUUUUUUGAGUACUACUAUGUUUUGAGGGAUUAUUCUAUACUUGAAACGCAUACUCGUUUGCUGAACUAACCGUGAUUGUAUUUGUUAGCUAGUAACCCUCGGAAACCAAUCGAUUCAUAUACAGUUCUAACUAUAAUUAUCUCAUGGGGUGAAUCGGGUUUAAUUAGUUAAUUUGGGCGCUUACGAUUUCAUUAGUGCUUAUUGUUACUUGGUUAAGGAAAGGAUGGAACAAGUUGUAAAAAACAAGUGUAUCUGUCGCUGGUAAGGGAUGCAGUUUAUUAUUCCUCCAUGAAGCGGGUCCCACUCGCAUGCAAUCUAGCAUGCUAGCUGACAAUGUUUUGCAGCUCGCUGCUGUGCUUUUCCCUAUCACAGAUUCGCACGGAUUUCACAGACUAACGGAGAGCAAACGACGUUAGACACGUGUCAAGC